CGCAGCCCGGGUGACGCGCGCGGACGACAGGGGUGGGGCCAGCGACUGGCGCUGUCAAGCGCAGCUCAGAGCCGUGAGGCGGGGGAAGAACGUCGAGGCGCUGGCAGGAGCCCGUCUGCUUCAUAACAAAAAUGUUUCACUUAAGGACUUGUGCUACUAAACUGAGGCCUCUGACAGCCUCACAGACUGUUAAGACAAUUUCUCAGAACAAGCCAGCAGCGCCAAGGACGUUUCAACAAAUCAGGUGCUACAGUGCACCUGUUGCUGCUGAGCCAUUUUUGAGUGGGACUAGUUCAAACUAUGUGGAGGAAAUGUACUAUGCUUGGUUGGAAAAUCCCAAAAGUGUACAUAAGUCAUGGGAUAUAUUCUUUCGCAAUGCCAAUGCUGGAGCUGCUCCAGGUACUGCUUACCAAAGCCCCCCUCCAUUAAGUACCAGCCUAUCAACGCUAACACAGGCACAGUCUCUGGUUCGAGCACAGCCGAAUGUAGAUAAACUGGUGGAAGAUCAUCUUGCAGUCCAAUCUCUUAUUAGGGCCUAUCAGAUUCGAGGGCAUCAUGUAGCACAGCUCGACCCCCUGGGCAUCUUGGAUGCUGAUCUGGAUUCUUCCGUUCCAGCCGAUAUUAUCACUUCCGCAGAUAAACUGGAUCUUGCAGUAUUCAAGGAGCGGCUGAGAGUGCUAACAGUAGGAGGGUUUUAUGGCCUGGACGAAUCGGACCUCGACAAGGUUUUUCACUUGCCCACUACCACUUUCAUUGGAGGAAAAGAGUCUGCUCUCCCUCUUCGAGAAAUCAUCCGCCGUUUAGAGAUGGCCUAUUGCCAACACAUUGGUGUAGAGUUCAUGUUUAUUAAUGAUCUGGAGCAGUGCCAAUGGAUAAGGGAGAAAUUUGAAACUCCUGGUGUCAUGCAGUUCACUAACGAGGAGAAGCGCACCCUGCUGGCUAGACUAGUCCGGUCGACCAGAUUUGAGGAGUUCCUGCAUAGGAAAUGGUCAUCUGAGAAGCGAUUUGGUUUGGAAGGCUGUGAGGUGCUGAUCCCCGCCUUAAAGGCAAUAAUUGACAGGUCUAGCCAGAAAGGAGUGGAUUACGUCAUCAUGGGGAUGCCUCAUAGAGGGCGUCUGAAUGUGCUUGCCAAUGUUAUCAGGAAGGAGUUGGAGCAGAUAUUCUGCCAAUUUGAUUCUAAGCUGGAAGCUGCCGAUGAGGGCUCAGGGGAUGUAAAGUAUCAUUUGGGAAUGUACCAUCGGAGGAUUAAUCGUGUCACUGACCGAACCAUCACCCUUUCACUGGUUGCAAAUCCAUCUCACUUGGAGGCUUCUAAUCCUGUAGUUCAGGGCAAGACAAAGGCAGAACAGUUUUAUUGUGGGGACACCGAAGGGAAGAAAGUGAUGUCUAUUCUUUUGCAUGGAGAUGCUGCCUUUGCUGGGCAAGGUAUAGUUUAUGAAACUUUCCACUUGAGUGACCUGCCUUCCUAUACCACAUAUGGGACUGUUCAUGUGGUAGUGAACAACCAGAUUGGAUUCACUACUGACCCUCGAAUGGCUCGUUCUUCUCCGUACCCAACAGAUGUGGCCCGGGUGGUUAAUGCACCCAUUUUCCAUGUCAAUGCUGAUGACCCAGAGGCUGUGGUGUAUGUAUGCAAUGUGGCAGCUGAAUGGCGGAGUACUUUCCACAAAGAUGUAGUGGUGGAUCUGGUAUGCUACAGGCGCAAUGGGCACAAUGAAAUGGACGAACCCAUGUUUACCCAGCCAUUGAUGUACAAGCAGAUCCGAAAGCAGAAGCCGGUGCUACAGAAAUAUGCUGAGACUCUAGUUUCACAAGGAGUGGUAAAUCAGCCAGAGUAUGAGGAGGAAAUUUCCAAGUAUGAUAAGAUCUGUGAAGAAGCCCUUGCCAGGUCCAAGGAUGAGAAAAUCCUUCACAUCAAGCAUUGGCUAGAUUCUCCGUGGCCUGGUUUCUUCACUCUGGAUGGCCAACCCAGAAGCAUGACUUGCCCUUCCACUGGUCUAAAUGAAGAAGAUUUGGGCCAUAUAGGAAAGGUGGCCAGCUCAGUGCCUGUUGAAAACUUCACAAUUCAUGGUGGUUUAAGCAGAAUUCUAAAAACACGUGGAGAGUUGGUUAAUAAUAGAACUGUAGACUGGGCAUUAGCAGAGUACAUGGCAUUCGGCUCUCUCCUUAAAGAGGGAAUCCACAUCCGACUGAGCGGGCAGGAUGUUGAGAGAGGGACAUUCAGCCAUCGGCACCAUGUCUUGCACGAUCAAAAUGUUGACAAGAGGACCUGUAUUCCCAUGAACCAUCUGUGGCCAAACCAAGCUCCAUAUACAGUCUGCAAUAGCUCCCUCUCAGAGUAUGGAGUGCUAGGAUUUGAGCUAGGCUUUGCUAUGGCCAGCCCCAACGCUUUAGUGGUGUGGGAAGCCCAGUUUGGUGACUUCCACAAUACAGCUCAGUGUAUUAUUGAUCAAUUCAUCUGCUCUGGACAAGCCAAAUGGGUGAGACAAAAUGGCAUCGUGCUGCUGCUGCCCCAUGGCAUGGAGGGCAUGGGCCCUGAGCACUCUUCUGCCAGACCAGAGAGGUUUCUGCAGAUGUGCAAUGACGAUCCAGAUGUCUUCCCGAAACUAGAUGACUUUGAUGUGCGCCAGCUGUAUGACUGCAAUUGGAUUGUGGUGAACUGCUCCACACCAGCAAACUUUUUCCAUGUUGUGCGGAGGCAGAUUCUUCUCCCCUUUCGGAAGCCGCUGAUAGUCUUCACUCCAAAGUCCCUGUUGCGUCACCCUGAAGCUCGCUCCAGCUUUGAUGACAUGUUGCCAGGGACUCAUUUCCAGCGUGUCAUCCCAGAAAACGGCCCUGCUGCGCAGAAUCCAGAGGGAGUGAAGCGAGUUCUCUUCUGCACUGGUAAAAUCUACUAUGAACUCACCCGAGAGCGCAAGACUCGGGAUAUGGAAUCAGACGUGGCGAUCACAAGGGUGGAGCAGCUGUCGCCAUUCCCAUUUGAUCUCCUGCUGAAGGAAUUCCAUAAAUACCCAAAUGCAGACCUUGUUUGGUGUCAAGAAGAGCACAAAAACCAAGGAUACUAUGAUUACGUGAAGCCCAGACUCCGCACAACCAUUGACCGGGCAAAGCCAGUGUGGUAUGCUGGACGUGAACCUGCUUCUGCACCGGCCACAGGCAACAAAAAGAACCACCUGACUGAGCUGCAGCGCUUCUUGGACACUGCCUUCAACCUCGACUCUUUCAAGGGCUUGUCUUAAAUACUCUUGGACUGGUUUCCUCAGCGCACUGUGUGUGUUUCCCUGUCUGCUCACUUCCUUUCUAUGUCCUUAACUAUAGACCUUGUAAGCUAACUUAAGGCGCCUGUUAUUAAUCUCUUGUUUGCUCUUGAGGAACUGCCUCUUCAAUGACCCUGUCCAGAAUGCUCGUGUUACGUUUUAUCUUCUCUGUGCUAUAGAUCAAACUUCUGGAACAGUGUGUUAUCACUCCAGCACAAGCCCAUGUCCUUUCUGAGAACCCUGGGACUAACCAGCCCCAGUCCCCCACAACGAGGGAUUUAGAGGGUCUCUCUUGCCUUCCAAACAAGUGUCUCUCUUUUGAGACUGUGAUGACUCCAGAUGAUGCCCAAGUCAUUGUCUCCAUCCCAACAGUGAUUCAGGAGGCAGACGUUGCUUUUAAAUCACAAACACAAACAUCCCCCACCUGGAAGGACGAGAGGAAUGAUGUCUUCCCAUUCCUUUUUCCUCUCCAGAAGGUUUGAUCUGGCAUAACUCUUCAAUUGUGUAAUGAGAUUAAAUUCCCUUUCCUUAAGCACGACAACCCUAGUAUUGAAAAUCCUGGGCUAGCACCCUAAAUCACUGCUGCUGUUUCUUGUGGUUUAGCAACCUAGCAUUACCCAUACUGAAUACACGCACAGACAGCUCAAAUUCAGGCACUCUUCUUCCAGGAGGGAUCCCUCCCCCUUUAAUGAAGAAGUUAUAACUCAGCCCAGGCACUAAUCUGUUUGCAGGAGGGGUGCGCUGUUUUCAAAACUGCCACCAUUUGUAGUCCUAAUAUCCCUUCCUGGGUAGGAACUUGGUAUACAGUGGACACUAAAGAAUCUUUUAUACAGUCACCAAAGCCACUUCUCUUUCAGCCUCCAGGUUUGCUUAGCUUUCAGUUUCUGACCAAGAGAAAGCUACACUUGGGAGUAAAAAAAAUACCCAUGAACUAAUGUUUUGUAUAGGAAAAUGUUGGGACUGAUACUUAGAUCACACUCUUGCCUGUAAUACCACAUAUAGAGCAAAAUUUGAGUCUCUCUACUAUUACUUGAUCAGUAAUAGCUCAAGUUAACUUGAGCAGAAGUUAAUGUUUUCCCCCUCUUCAUGGGCUAUAGUCACAUUGCACUUUUUUUCCUGAGUUUCAUGCAAAUGGGAAUCCACCUUUCCUGCACACCUCUUUCAUAAAUUACUUCCAUAAUGAUUAUUUCAGUCUUAACUUUGAGUUUAGCAAUGCUUUUAAAGGACUACUUGUGUAUAUAGAAUUGGCGGAUGAAGUAUUUUUUUUAAAGAAAAGAUCUAUUUUCUGUCAUUGCAAAACUUUUGGAUGAGACCUGAGUCGCAACAACUUAGCAUAAUUGAUAUGUAGCUUGCUAGAAACAUUUUUAUAUUGGUGUCUCUGACCUCUACAGAGCUUUCUAGCAAGAUAUAUACAGUGGAGCCUCAGGUUAUGCUAACCUCGGGUAGCGUAAACUUUGGGUUGCGAAAGCAGGAAACCUGGAAGUGUUUUGCCGGAUGUGCAGAAGCAGUCUAUGGCUGCAUGCACAGAAGCGGUCUCUCCACUUGCAAAAACUUCGGGAUACGGCCGGACCUCUGGAACGGAUCCCGUUUGCAAACGGAGGCACCACUCUACUUGUCCCAGGAGGCUCAAACAUGGAUAUAAACACCCAGUUUCCUUGUCGCUGGAUAGAUUCUUGCCCUGUGUUCUCCUAGCUCUAUGCUUAGUGUGAGCAGAGUUUAGGACGGCAUGCACUUCUGCUAUGGAGUAGCUUGUACCUACUUCUCAUUGGCUUUCUCCUGAAUUACACAGCUUCUCAAACACAGCCCUAAUUGGGGAUCGGGGAGAGAGACAGUGAAACCAAUUAAACAUUAUGGCUUUAAGAAAAGGGUUUUGAGGUAGUUCCAAGGAUCUUUUCUGUGAACCUCCCUAACUUUAUGUUGCUGUAGUCUUCUGCCUUUCUGGGGCCCCUUGGGUGGUGGGGCUUUCCUAGCCAUUGCCUGAGCAGGGCCCCUCUCAGUAGGUAGCGUGCUAACAAGAUAGCUCAAAAUUGAUCCCACAUGAGAUUUCUUACUGCUUCCUCAUCCAUGUGCACACUGGAAUAUACUGACUGAUCUUAGGAACACUGAUAUCAUUUAUCUUCCACCUGCAGUCCAGAGGCUCAGGCAUGGCCACAGUCAAAACCCCUCUACUUUGUGGCCUUUGCAACAGGAAUUGAUGCCAUUUCUUGGCUCUCUCUUUUUUUAACCCAUUGCUGAUAUCUGGCAACUGCUUUCAAUCACAGUAAUUACACAGUGGUCUGCCAGUGAUAGAAUGUACCUCAGUGCUUUGGCUGUCCCUUCCUUUUCUUCCCUCUGUGCGUUCAUCACAAUGUCAUUUGGUGGCAAAGGCGGCAAUGACUUGAUCGGCAAGGCUGUUGAAGAGAGAAAUUCUGAACUAGGUUGAGCCUACCCUCUUGCACACAGAACACAUAGCAUGCACCCACUGUUGCACUUCUGCCUAAGCCUGUUUCUAUUCUGUUUCAGUCUCCUGAGCUGCUGAAUGUGGUCUGUGUAUGCUGCCAUGCCAUGUCACAUCAGAGCUUUCCCACCCCUCAAAGAAAAGAAAACCUCAACAUCUUUGCUGUCUUUGACAGGAGAUGUCCAGCUCUAUAUUCAUCUGGCUGACCCCUGGGCAUUAUUGAGAGACAUACAGCUUCCUCCUGUCCCCAUCUAUCUUCUGUGUGUGCUGCCAGCCAUACCAAAAGAGUGUGCCAUCUUGUGAAUAAAUACUUUUCUAUAAUCUAAGAAUCUGUGCUGCUUCACUAGUGGGAACAGCACAUUCCAAACGUGAUGCCCACUAUUUGGGGGUAGGCUGUCAACAGAAGGGCUUAUGUGGGACUGCAAUAUUUGUACUUUAGCUCUGCAGAGAGAGAGAGAUAAAUCCUAGUGUCUAACCUUUGCCAAAGCCAGGGGCCAGUGGAGAGAGAGGGAGGUUGCCUGUUCAGGGCUAGUGCUACCCUUGGGCUCCCCUCAAACUCACAGCCUGACUUUUAUUUAUUUUGGUUUUAAAACAAAAAAACAAAAUCAGACAUGUCUGGCUUAAACAAUAAAGCCUGAUCUUCUUCCCAAAGUGUCUCCAGCUU